AUGACUCAACUUAGUACAGAUAGCAUCUUUAUUGCUUAUGAGCAAAUAUCAAGAGGUGGCAAUGUUAUUAGUAAACCCGGUUCUUGUAAGAUCACAAUUGAAAAGUACAAGGGAAUUGAUGUCGCAGUCAAACAUUUCGAUGAAAAUAUCGUGGAUAAAAUAGCCAAUGAACUCAGGAUACUUCGUGGUAUUCAAUGUGAAAAUAUAAUUUGCUUUUAUGGUAUAACCAAAACGCCAGAUGGAAAUACUAGUUUGAUUAUGGAAUAUGCACAUAAUGGAAACUUAUCUAAAUACCUUAUUAAUCACAAGCUUAGUGAAGACACAAAAGCAGAUAUGGCUAUUCAAAUCUCGCGUGGAUUACGGAAAUGCCACGAAUAUGGAAUUAUUCAUCCGAAUUUGAAAUCUUAUAAUAUUUUAGUGAAUAAAUAUUUGGUAUUGAAGAUUUCGGGUUUUGGUGUAAGUCGUGCACAACGAGAGUUGGAUUUGAGGAGGGAAACUAGUGGAACGGUACAUUUUGCAGCACCCGAGCGUAUCUGUAAAGACGAAGAAAUGAGAAAACAUUACAAAGAACAACCACAUCUCUCAGAUAUUUAUAGUUACGGAUUGGUUGUAUGGGAACUUGCAACAAAUGGAAAAGGGUUAUAUGCUGGAUUGAAGGACAGUGAAGUCAGAGAGUUCAAGGAGACUGAGGAUUCAGAUCAUUUUAAAAAGUUAUUUUCGGAACUAGAUGGAUCAUCAAAACUUAGAAAAGUGAUCGAAGGAUGUUGUAAGAAAUCUCCAACCAAACGUAUGUCUUUAGAAGAAGUCGAAUUUGAACUUCUAAAAGAUUUUCCUUUUGUAAAAAAGAAAAAUCUCGCAAAUGUUCAUAUUAAGGAGUGCAACUAUGAUGAGGCAAUUCAAAUUUUAGAAGAUCUAGAUUUUCGAGAUAAAGAUAAUACAAUGGCUGCAAUGGUAUUAAUACAGCGCGGAUUUAUUUAUCAUAAAGUCUGUCAAUAUGAGGAUUCAAUUGAUGACAUAAUGCGGUUAUUAGAAAUUUUGAGUAAUAAUUCGUUUGCUUUGAUACAACUUGGAUUAACUUAUUGCUUUAUGGGAGAGUAUCAGAAAGCACUCGAAAAUAUAAACGAGGCACUUGAUAUUGAUGGAGAAAAUUUACAUGCAAAGGCUAUUCGUGGAUUUAUUUUUUGUUGUAUGUGUAAUUACGAAGAUGCAAUGAACGACUUAGACGCAAAUAAUGAAUCAAACUCAUCUGAAGAUAUAGAAAAUUUUUACACUAUCUUAGUUAAUAAACCAGAUCUUGCCUUCUGGACUAUAUAUAAAUCAAUGCGUAAUGAUGAAAUCGACGCUUUAAUUUACGAAAUAAGGUCCCUUAUUGACUCAGAAUUCCCAUCACCUGUAAUACCAUAUCGAAUGCCUGUCAAUCAACAUUUUAUGAAUUCAAAUUCUCAGCAAUAUAUUCCCCAACAUCAAAUUGACUCACAACUAAGCAUCGAAGAUUCUCUAGAGCAAUUAGAUGUUUCCACUAUUCCUCGGUAUGUUCCAAACAAAUCAAUAAUAUCAUCUAUUGCACAGCAGAAGAGUCAACAACAUACUAGAAUACCAGUCACUCAACAAGCUGCGAUGCCGUAUAUUCAGCAACAAUCCAUGAAGUCAUUUCCUCCACAGCAGACGAUUCAACAAAUAGUAACACAACAGCCUGAGAUGACAUAUACUCAAGGGUCCACUUCAACUUCGAAUUCGUCCAGGUUGACUCGAGGAUCUAUGACGUCUUAUUCACAUGCAACGCAAUACUCCUUGGCGUACCGCGACGAGUAUUCACCAAUAAUCUCCACACCAUCACAUAGCUACGAAUAUUUAUCAGCAAUACCCUUACCGCCGUCCCUCACGACAUCCCAUAAUUGUGACGAGUAUUCAACAACAAUCCGUGAUAUCCGUUACUAA